GCUCGGCGCGCUCUUUCAGUCCGCAGUCGUGCACCACGAGCGAACACACGCAGCUGCACACGGGGAGCGCGCGCGCGCCUAUACAGCGCAUACCACACACUGCAUAUUAUAGUCGUCGUCUGCGUGCGUGUGCCUCUGCGACGGGACAGUGUGUAGAUUGAAGUUUUUCGAUUUUCAAUCUCAUCUACAUUUACACUCGGAUCGGUGUGCGCGCGCGCGAGAGAGAAAGAGAGAGAGCGCGGGAAAUCGGUAGUGUGUCACCAGUGUGCCGAGCGUCCAGUGUUAUAUACUUUGAACUCUCCUGGAGAUUUUAGUGCCAAGAAGAUAGUAAUAAUAAUAAUAACGAGCGCACGACGCUAUUAUGUCACACUCCCACGCGAGCGACGGACGGCGCCGCUGCGUUUCUUCGCUCGCCGGCGGCCCUCCGAGUGCCGUAGCCGUCGCGCGGGCUCACCUCUGACACGUGAACCGCCGUUCUGCAGAGAAGGAGAGCUUACGGUGCUGCAGCGCAGUAUAUACACCCGCCUCGUGCGUGACCGGCACCGUUUGAUUUUCCCGCCGCCGCCGCAGCCGUGAGAUUUCGAAGCCGGUUCGAGCGAGCCAGAGAAAGAGAGAGACUGCUGCCCACUAUACACGUAUAUAGUGCACCGCGGGGCUCUCUCUCUGUGAGAAAGUGUUAUAGACAACGGCGGCCCUGUGCGCGCUCUCGCCUUUGACUCUUUUGCGAGCGUCCGGUCGGCGCAAAAAGCGCCGAGGAAGUUCGUCUACUGCUUCUAUACUUGGCUAGACUUCUAACUAUACCAUAGAGGAGGAGGAGGAGAAGAGGAGCGACGAGAUAAGGUCGAGGUGUAGAGUAUCGAGCGAUAACCCGGAAAGCGUAUAGUUGGCCGCAUCGGACGAUCAGCAGCAUCAGAGUCGUCUCCGGCGACUAGGGGGAGGCUGCGCGGAUCAAAGUCGCGUCCUCUCCGAGCGAUGGAUGGUGCUGCGGGGCCCGCUGAUACCUCGGGGCCUCCUCGCAUCGUCAUCGUCACCGGCCGGCAGACGCCCUCGACGAUAAUAUAUGGAUGCCCAUGGCUGGAACCUGGCCGAAAUGUGCCAGCGCUACCACCACGCGGCCGGCUCCUCGGUCCCGACCCCACCCCCUGCGCCGAGCAACAGCUCCAGCAGCAGCAGCAGCAACAACAACGCCAGCAACGCCAACAACAGCGCCUCCACCUCCCAGCAGCAGCAGCAGCAACAGCAGGCAUCGUCCCCGGCUAGGGAGCAGGCUCAGACCCCCGGCAGCAUUGUCCAGCACAUCGACCAGCCCAGCCCGUCCUACUCUCAUUACACAAUGCUGGACAGUUACGAGAGGGGCGAGGUGACCCCGCCGCCAGUGAGCAGUUACGCCGGUUCUCCGGGCUUGCUAGCACUGCACUCGUCGCUCUACGGAACGCCCACCUCGAGGGCCUUCGACAUCGACUCCGGCAUCGACGGCAACGAGAGUCCCAUGUCGAUGGACACGCAGAUCAUACCGAUACCGGGAAUGCUGAGCGGCCCGACGCAGCAGCGUCUCGAGGACAUGUCGUGGCUGGGCUCGGGUCCAUCGCUUCAGGACUACCAGCAGGGACUGGGUCCCAUGUCAGCCGGAGUGAAGAUGUGUCAUCCCGGCAGCGGUUCGGCAGCCGCGAGAAGUCUCAAGGAGCAGCGCAUCCGACGGCCCAUGAACGCGUUCAUGGUCUGGGCCAAGGUCGAGCGGAAAAAGCUCGCCGACGAGAACCCCGAUCUUCACAAUGCCGAUCUCAGCAAAAUGCUCGGAAAAAAGUGGCGAGGCCUGACGCCUCAGGACAGGCGGCCCUUCGUCGAGGAGGCCGAGAGGCUGAGGGUCAUACACAUGCAGGAACAUCCGAACUACAAGUACCGGCCUCGCAGGCGAAAACACGCCAAGCGGGCGCCCGGAGCACCUUCCUCGCCCCCCUCGGCCAGCAACGCUCCGGGCAACAGGCCGAGCCCUGCCGGUGCCGCCAUUCAUCAUACCAUUUCCAAGAUGGACAACUACCAGGGCAUACCUCAGAUGCCGUGGGGCGGGCACUCGCCGAUCUCCUCGCUCUACCACCAGCAGCAGCAGCAGCAGCAACAGCAGAGCAUGCAGGACUACAAAUCGGAGAACAAUUCGCUCUACGGGAGCCCCUACACGCCGAUCAUUCACACGCCCGACAUCUCGCCCGUUGCCAGUCCCGAGCCCGACGGCGACAACGCGCAUCUGUCGGUAGCGCAGAAUCCCGACCCGGAGAGGGACCUGAUGGAGGGCAGCUCGAAGCAGCACAACGAAAUGUCCGAGCAGAACAAGCGCUACGGAUUCAUGAACAGCGACAAUCAGCUGCACGGGGCCAACAUAUCGUCCUGCGGCGCUGGCGGCUACACGGAUACCCUCACUUACAAAAAGGUGAGCUAUCUGAACUUUGAGCGGCAGCAGUCGACGAGCAUCGCGGUGGGCAUCGCGAACGGCAUGAUGGUGUCGUGUAACAAGCUGCGAUCCGGUUUCGACAACGUGGGCAGCGUCACCGGCACCUUCUAUCCCCCGGUGGCCUCUCCUCACGACCAGUCGCUUCACUACUCUCCGAGCCAGCAACAACAGCAGUCCAAGUCAUCCUCUUACGCUAUGCAACAACAACAGCAGCAGCAGCAGCAGCAACAGUCCCAACAACAACAGCAGCAGCAGCAGCAGCAAGUGCAAGACGGAUACAGACAGCAGCAGAUGGGACUGCGCCCCGCCGAGGGCUGCUCCGCAGGCGUGACACACCGGUACCAGAUGUCCCACCACCAAGAGUACCAGCCCGAGAACUCGGCCGGUCAACAGCAGCAGCAGCAGCAGCAGCAACAGGUUCAGAUGGGUCACAUGGAAGCGCCACCGGGUAUGCACGACGAGGACCAGGAGCACGUGAUGCAGCUCGAGAAGUACUUCAACAAGUACAGUCACCCGUCGAACCUCGGCGCAGGUGGUCACUCGAGCCUCACGUCCCAAAACCUUCUCGACAGCAACCACAACUACGCCAGCGACCUGCGCUACUACUCGCCUCAACAGCAGCAGCAACAGCACGUCCAGCAGCAGCAACAACACCAGAUGGAUCUGGCGAACGCGCAGUGUAUUCUCGACGAGCAGGCGGCCAAGGAUCACCAGAUCAACGCUCAAUGCGGUGGUCCCAUGGCCAUGAGCCACGCUAUGGAACAGUACCACCAGAGCCUCGAGGCUUCCAAGUACCAGGAACACCAGCAGCAACAGCAGGUGCAGCAGCAGCAGCAGCAGCAGCAGCAACAGCAACAACAACAGCAGGCCGCACCGGGUCAGAAUUUGGAGCACGUCAACAAGCCUGCCGACGAUGACUUCAGCGUGAUACUGGCCGACGUGCGGAAGACUUGCUACAGCAGCUAGUACUCGUGAGAGAGUUUGAGAUUUUCAUCCGACACGUUGUGAGAGUUAUUACUGAUGAUGAUUCUAUGUAGGUGCAAAUUGAGGGAUUUUAUAACGAUAACUUGUAAAGUUUAUACGAUUUUUCUCUUUGAUUAUUGAUUAGUUACGUAACUUGACGAGUAGACGAAAAAUUAUUAGACCUUAUGCACGCAAGAAACUUUGCAAUAGUCAUCAGACAAUGACUGAUUACUUUGUGAAUCUUUUUUAGUAUAUAGCAAGUGUAAAAUAUAUGCAUGACUUUAAAUAAUGUUGUACAGAAAGAGAAAACACGACGAAAAGCUUAUAAUUUUAACGGCGACGUGCACAAAGUUCAGAUCGAGUUGCUCUGUUUGUCUGCGCUCGAUCUUCUUGUCAUCGACGCGAUUACGCGAGACUUCGAUGAUUGUGAUUACUCCAAGUUCUGACUCCCAUGGAUCUCUUUUGGUGCUUAGGUGAUAUAAAUUCUUAUGAUUUUUUUUUUUUGUACGAUCUUUCCUCUGUCGACUUUAGUAGAUAUUAAUUUAAUCGUUUUCGAGAAUCUUUGAGAAGUGAAAAGACGUAGGAGUGCGUGCAGUUGCGCGCAGGCAUAGCGCGAGUUUCAUAUAAUAGAAAGAAUAAGACGACGAUUUAAGGUCGGUUUUGCGCAGCGAGCCGGCGCUAUAUAAUUUGUAUUUAAAAGAUUUAUCAUAUUCACGUGCAUAUAGAACUUAGAAAGUUGUUUAAAAGACUUAAGUUUUUUCUUCUGACAAAGCGACGAUGCUCUAUUUUCUUUGCGAAAGCAGGUGAUGAUGAGGAAAAAAAGGACGCGAUGUAGUUGUGAAAACACGAGAGCUGGAGCAUCAAAAUGUUGUACUUAUCGAGUAUAAAAAAAGCUGAAUAUUUCUAUUUUUAGAGCAAUACUUUCAUCACGAAUAGUAAGUUUAUUGUGUAAAUAAAGACGUAUGAGCUUCGCCGAUAUUGGAUCGAGGUUUUCGAAUUGUCAGUUCGAUUUAUAUAAGUAUAAAUAUACAGUAGAGAAUGCUCCGAUUCCUGCCUCGGCGCCUCUGUACACGUAUAUAGUACUUAAGACAAUAACCACACGAAAUUAUAAGCGAGGAUUAGAUAAAUAUUUUGCAGGACACGAAACGUGCAUAUAGAAUUUUUGGAUGUAUCUUAUAAAUAAACAAUAUUUUCAAAAAAA